ACAACCACACUUUGAUUGUAAUGCAAAGAAAAUGGUUGAAAGCACCUAUGCGAAUGUUUUGCAAGGCAAGGCAGGAUGUCUGACAGAAAAUGCAAUCACGAAACAAGCUCCACCCCGUUUGACUCGAGAUGAAACUUCUGACAUUGAAGAAACAUCAGAUGAAAGCAUUCGUAUGCAUUCAGAAGAUUUACCUCCAAAGAAGCAAAAACAUCAAGUGCAAAAACAUGAACAUCAUGGAAACUGUGGUUCACAUUCACAGUCAAAAGAGCAAGUAAACUAUCCUCAAGUUGCCAGUGCCCAAGGAGAGAAAUUAACUCGGCCUUCAGUAGCGGCCAGUAAUGAAAAGAAGAAGCAGCAAGAAAACAGUUUGGAUAAGAGUGUAAGGCCAAAGACAAAUCAAAGUGCAAGCUCUGUUGGUGCAGUAGCAGCAACAAGUGCUCACCAGAAGCAGCAACAACAUCCAGAACAGCUUCAAGAAUGUAUCCGAACUUUAUCAGCAAAAAAGAAAAAGAAAAAGAAAAAGAAAAAGAAAAACAAUACAGUAGAAAAAGAAUCUCCACCCCAACUGAAAUCUAACAAAUCAGGAGGAAAUGUUGAAAAAGAACAAAAUCAGAUGCUUCCUGAGAAAAUGCAGAAUGAUGUGAAGUCAAAGAAAAGUAGUGUAACUUCAGCCUGUGGUCCAGCCAAUCCUCGAGAACAAACUGGUCCAUCUAAAAGUCCCCUCAGUCUUGGGGUUCCUGUUGGGAAAGAAAAGAAUCAGCUGAAGGUAAAAGUUCAGAAUGAUGUAAAACCAAAGGAAAGCAGAGGAAUUGGAGCAUCUGGUCCAGCAAAGACCAAAGAGCAACCCAAACAAUCUAAUAGUCUCCUCAGUUCUAAAGAAAAAGAAAAAGGUAAGAUGUCUCAACAGGGUGUGCAGAAUGAUGCAAAGAGAAAGAACAAUAGUGCACCCAAGACCAAGACGAAGGAACAAUCCAAUUCUUCCAAAAAUCCCUGUCCAAAAGAUACUGUCAAAAAAGAACAAAACACAUUGCCUCAGCAGAAAACGCAGAGUGGUGUGAAGCCAAAGAAAAGCAGUGUAACUUCAGACAAAACUUCAGCCAAGACUUCAAAACAGAACAGUUCAUCUAAAAGUUGUCCCAGUCCUGGUGCAACCAAUAAAAAAGGACAAAGUCAGAUGCCUCAACCAAAAGUGCAAAAUGACAAAAAGGCAGAGAAAAGUAGUGUAACAUCAGCCUCUGGUCCAGCCAAAGCUAAAGAUCAACCAUCCAGACAGGAUAAGCAUCAGCAAAAACAGCAGGAGAACUCUGAAGUAAUCAAUGCUGUGAAAGCCGAGUCAAAGAAGAAAACAGAGUCUUCUCAAAAGUUUUCUGACAAGCCAACUUGUGUAGCCAAAACUCAAGAACAGAACAGUUCAUCUAAAAGUUGUCCCAGUCCCGGAGCGACCAAUAAAAAAGGACAAAAUCAGAUGCCUCAACCAAAAGUGCAAAAUGACAAAAAGGCAGAGAAAAGUAGUGUAACAUCAGCCUCUGGUCCAGCCAAAGCUAAAGAACAACCAUCCAGACAGGAUAAGCGUCAGCAAAAACAGCAGGAGAACUCUGAAGUAAUCAAUGCUGUGAAAGCCGAGUCAAAGAAGAAAACAGAGUCUUCUCAAAAGUUUUCUGACAAGCCAACUUGUGUAGCCAAAACUCAAGAACAGAACAGUUCAUCUAAAAGUUGUCCCAGUCCCGGAGCGACCAAUAAAAAAGGACAAAAUCAGAUGCCUCAACCAAAAGUGCAAAAUGACAAAAAGGCAGAGAUAAGCAGUGAAAAAGGAGCAUUUGGUCUAGCAGAUACAAAAGACCAAGCAAGCUCAUCUAAAAAUUCUCACACUCCAAGAGAGGAUGUCAAAAAAGAACAAAGUCAGAAAUCGCAGAAUGAUGUGGAGUCAAAGAAACACAUUGUUACACCCUCCUCCGUUCCAGUCAAAGCUAAAGAACAACCAUUCAAACAGGAUAAACGUCAGCAAAAACAGCAGAAGAACUCUGAAGUAAAUGAUGCUGUGAAUGCCGAGUCAAAGAAGACGAAGGAGCCUUCUCAAAAGCUUUCUGACAAGCCAGCUCUCAAAACUGAAAAAGAACAUAUAAAGUCUGAAAUGAAUCAUCAUCGGCAAAGACCAACCCUGUUCGAGAAAAGGGAAUCAGAUGCCAGUACCUCAAUCAUUAGUUUCACAGAACAGAAAGAUUUCCCAAAAAAUGAUCAAGUUUUGAGUAACAAAAUCACUAAACCUAAAGGUAAACUCAACCAGGAGCCAAAUGCUGAAAAGGAAGAUAUGUUAAUCCAACUUUUUCAAGAUGCAGAAGAUAUGUUAGAGCAAGUUUUUCAAGAUGCAGAAGAUUGGGGUGCUGAUUUUAUGACUAGCUUGGCACAUACACCUCAGCAACAACAGCAAAACACCCAUGUGCAACAGCAACACCAUCAAACACACCAACAACAACAGCAAAACACCCAUGUGCAGCAGCAACACCAUCAAACACACCAACAACAGCAGCAAAACACCGAUGAUCAGCAGCAACACCAUCAAACACCCCAAAAACAACAGCAAAACACCAAUGUGCAGCAGCAGCACCAUCAAACACAUCAACAGCAACAGCAAAACACCAAUGUGCAGCAGCAGCACCAUCAAACACAUCAACAGCAAAACACCAAUGUGCAGCAAGUAUACCAUCAGACACAUCAACAGCAACAGCAAAACACCAAUGUGUGGCAGCAAUACAAUCAAACACACCAACAAAAGCAGCAAAACACCCAUGUGUCUCAGAAAUACCAUCAAACAGAUCAACAUCAGCAGCAAAUCACCAAUGUGCAGCAGCAAUACCACCAAACACAUCAACAACAGCAGCAAAACCCCCAAUGGCAACAGCAACACCAUCAAACACACCUAAAACAACAGCAAAACACCAAUGUGCGGCAGCAAUACCAUCAAACACACCAACAACAGCAGCAAAACACCAAUGUGCAGCAGCAAUAUCAAAUCUACCAACAACAACAGCAAAACACCCAUGUGCAGCAGCAACACCAUCAGACACACCAACAACAGCAAAACACCAAUGUGCAGCAGCAAUACUAUCAAAUACACCAACAACAACAGCAAAUCACCAAUGUGCCUAACCUAGCUCCAGGAAUAAUCCCUCAAAUCCCUAUGGGCUUGAUGCUGCAAGCUCAAACUCUCCCUCCUCAACAAGUGACUUUCGUACAGUGGGAGCAACAGCAAUGGGUCAAGACUUCUCCUGAAACCAAGCUGUCUACAUCCCCACAGUGGAUGAAGCCAAUGGUAUUGCAGUUCAAGGAGGGCAACAACCCAGUCUUCAUUCAUCCACUCAGUGAGCAAGCUUCCAUUCCAAUCAAUCCAUGCCUCAUUACGGAUGAGCAAGAUGAAGAAUUUGAUGAUCUGCUUCUAUCAGAUGUGAUUAAGUUUGUUGAGGCUUUUCCUGCAAGCAUUCAACUGGCUCUACAGCAGCUAUCACAAGAAAGCUCCAGCUAUUCCUUUAUUCAGUUAGCAGAAGUUGUCUUGGAUGUUGGCAGGAAACCCAGAGCACGGUAUCUGAAGUCUGGGUUGAGUUCUGAAAUGAUGGAAAAAGUGCUGAAUCGUGAUGAGGUGACCAAGCAGGACUUGAAGGGUAUCUUGGAAGACAGCGGCUUUGCCAGGACAAGCAACAGUCAAGGCAUGGUCAGGGAUACACUUCACAGACUUGGCCUGCUGGCAAACAUACAAGGAGAGGUCAUCGGCAUAACGGCCAAGGUUGAACACCCCCUUCCAGGAUGCCUCAGCCCAUUGUAUGAUAUAUUCAACAAGGGCAAGUCCAUUCUGGUUGUUGGACCUACAGGGGUGGGCAAGACAACUCUGUUGAGGGAAGCUGCAAGAGUAUUGAGUGAUGUGGAGAAGAAGAAUGUCAUGAUCAUUGACACAUUAUCAGAGAUAGCUGGAGAGGGAGACAUUCCACAUCAAUCUAUAGGAUCUGCUCGAAGAUUACAGGUUAUAGAAAGCAAUCUCCAGCACAAGGUCAUGAGUGAAGCGUACCAGAACCACAGACCUGAGAUUGUCAUCAUUGAUGAGAUAUCCAGUCUGGAGGAAGCAGAGAAGACCCUCCACGUGAAGCUACGAGGAAUCCAACUCAUCGCUGGUGUCCAGGGUAAGACCCUCGCUGAUGUCCUCCUGAACACUGCCCUCACACCUAUCACUGGUGGCAUCAAGGAGAGUGUGGGUUACCCAGGGGGAGUGCCAGGGAGGCUGAGGACCGGUCCUGUUGUGUUUGAUGUCCUGGUAGAGAUGCUCGACAUGGAGCGAUGGAUCAUCCAUUGGGACUUUCAGUGGGCCAUUGAUGCUGUUUUACCAGGUGGAAGGAGAACUCUUGAGGUGGAGGAGAGGAAAGUUGUCAAACUUGGAGGUGAUCCUGAUGGUGGACUGGGAGGUCAACAGGUCCUUGCAAUGCGGAUGUCUUCUACUUAUAAGAUAUACACACAGUGAGGUCUUAUAAGAUAUACACACAGUGAGGUUUUAUAAGAUAUACACACAGUAAGGUCUUAUAAGAUAUACACACAGUAAGGUCUUGUAAGAUAUACGCACAGUAAGGUCUUAUAAGAUACACACACAGUAAGGUCUUGUAAGAUAUACACACACUGAGGUCUUUAAGAUAUACACACAGUAAGGUUUUGUAAGAUUUACUCACAAUGAGGCCUUCCAGAAGAUAUUACAUGAAAAGCAGCUGCUUUAUUUCAUACAGAAGAAAUUGCAUUACAAACAACUGCUUUAUUUAUUCCAAUCAAGGCCAGCAUUGUUAAAAUCGCAUUUACUGAUUUGAUAAGUUUUUUUUUUGUUGCAAAGACUUUGCUCAUGUGACCAUGUGCAUAUUGGGCCAUCCAUAUGUAUUGAAGAGUAUAGAUGGAUAUCUGUCUUUUUUUUUUAAAUUUCAUCUUGACUCCAGAGAUACAUUU